AUGGACCUUGAGGAUGUUCAAGACUUGCUGUUCGGCGCGCCAGACUCCCAGGAAGACUUUGAAGACUUGUGGAACGAUGAAUACGAUGACGAAGAGAUGCUCGAUAUUGCUGACAAUCUCCAAACUCUGGACGACGAUGACUUAUUUGACACCCCUGGAUCACCAACAGCAGACUCCUGGCAACUACUCAGCAGCCCACCACUGACACCAGCAGAUGCGCUCGUCACACUACAGCGUGAUGCCGUAAUGACUCCAGUGGAUUGUAGGGCACAGUCUGUGGACCUCGACAAGCAAAGGCCACGCGACAGACACUGGGUCAUCGCUCGUCUUGAAGCUAUGCUUGAGAAGAUCGUCGAUGGCCUUCUGGGGGGUAAUGAGAGACUGACAUUCACUCUAAAGAGCCGGGCCAACAUAUCGAGACGACAACCGGUUGCAAAGCACAAAGCUGGUUCGACUCCUGCCCCAAAGGUGCGCCAGAUCUCGUUCCCAGGCAGCACGGCUCAAGAAGCGUGGAACUUCACCGUGCUUCUACGCAUCAUUGAACUCGUACACGGAGGCCUCGUUGACAACACCAUCAUGACCAAGCGAGACAUCUACUACAAGCAUCCGGACUUGUUUGUCAAGCAAGCAGUCGUUGAUCGCUAUGUAGACGACCUAGCGUGCACGUUGAACAUCUCAAGAUAUCAACUCAAUGUCACUGCCGCCGCCAAAGGGCUUGUUGCUGGAUACUUCACCCUACAUCGUGAAGACGGUACGCAGGUGGAUGGUCUGAGCGAAAAAGAGGGUAUGCUUAUCCCGAAGAUCGGAGAGACAGAUCGGCUGGAUCUCACGCAGCUUCGAUGGAUACUCGUCAUCGAAAAAGAGGCGACGUUUCGCGCUCUCAUCAGCACUACACAUUGGGAGGACUUGGCACUCAAUGGAUUGGCUGUUACUGCCAAAGGCUAUCCUGACGUGGCUUCUCGAAUUUUCCUGCGUCAAUUAACCGAUCACGCACCACAUGUACCAAUGUACGCUUUCGUGGAUCUGGAUCCCGAUGGCAUUGCUAUCAUGACGACUUACAAAUAUGGUUCGUAUCGCCUCGCACACGAAGAUGUCGCACAUAAGGACGCACCAGCUCUGAGUCUACCCAACCUGCGCUGGCUUGGUGUGAAGAGGCACCAUAUCAGCCAAGCUCAGGUUAACGAAGGUGGGACAGACACAAGCGCGACUCUCGAGCUUCAAGGCCUGAUGAGACUAACAGCACGCGACCGUAUGAAGGCAAUUUGCAUGCUCGAAUGGGACCUUUGUACCGAGGAUGGGUCUGAGCAGGAGUGGAGGCACGAGCUGCAAACGAUGCUUGUGUUAAACACGAAAGCUGAAAUCCAGAUCCUAGACGAACUGCCGGGCGGCGUAGUCUCCUUCUUGAGUUCUGAGCUUGAUCAAGAUCAAGCUACCGAUGCCGAACUGGUAGUCGACACGGCUGGCUCUGAUGACGGCCUGCUCUUUUAA